AUGAACGAUGAAGGCGAGUCUUCUCGAGCUGCCUUGCGCCGUAUAAGCCAUGCCUCUGAGGAUGCAGACCUCAACGAAGUGAUGAUGGAGGUUAACGAGGAAGAGGAUGCACGGGAGAAAGAGAAGAUUUCUAAGGAAAGAAGGCUGGAUGCAAAGAGGAAGAGGAUACGUCUUUUGAAUGAGCUUCUGCGCGAGCUGGACCUCGUAGUGUACAUGGAGCUCAUCACGCUCUACUACCUGGAUUGCUCAUUCUUCUGGCUUAUAGUGCGUGCAUUCAUACACGGCAGCCUUCUUACACCCGCUACGGAUGUAGCUCUCGACCGCCCACCUGACGAACCUAAGCCGUUUCUACCUCUGGUACUCUUCUCCUUUGCCGUGAACUUUUGUCUGCAUCUCCUUUAUGCUGCGCCGUCCGCUGGUGAAGAUACCAGAGGCUAUCUGCACGGUGGUUUAAUGAUAGACUUCAUUGGGCAGCAGGGUCCUACUAGCAAAUGGAAGCUCGGGGGGCUGGACAUGUGCAUUCUGCUGUUACAGCUUGUUAUGGUUUCAGUGCAUGUAAAGAGGCGGGAGUUGAAAAAGAAGUUGGCAAAAGAAUCGACUGGCGGAGACGCUCCAACCAACAACGGUGCAGCUAUGGAUACAGCAGCAGCAGUGGACACCCAAGAAGCAGUAACACCCGACAACCAAGCCCGAGAACAAGACGUUGAUUCUGAAGAACGAGGCCUCUUGCGUCGGACUGAUAGCAUGUCAGACAUCGGAGUUGAGCCAGAUGAGGACGAUAGCCUUUUACCGUUAUCUUCCGAGGUUGGCCAUGUCGACGCACUGGACGUUCUCGCAUCUGGACAGUGUGUAGUUGGCGACUUUGCGCUUGUUGAUACACUCCUGGAAGAGAACAGCAACUACAAUGCGUACCGUCGGACGCGCUUAGAAGGAACUAGUGAUAUGCCUGAGACGCUGAGAAGGCUGAACGCCAUCCGUCAGAGAUUUGGGGUUGGCGGCGGCUGA